AUGCUUGGAAAACACCGAAAAAGAAAAAUAAACCCACCCCUUUAUCCAAUACAUCCAAAUGAAGAAAAAAAAAAAAAUUUAAAUAAUUUUAUAACAUAUAAAGAUUUAAAAAUUAGAUGGAAAAAUACUUCCAAAAAUUAUAGGAAAAAAGUAACUAUAGCUCGAAAGUGGAAAAACUUGCAUUGUCUUUUACCUCAAAAUAAGAGUUCAUGUAUAUUUGUUUUGCAUAAAAAUUUACCAAUAACUCGGAAUAAAAGAAAUAUUUAUAAUUGUAAUAUUGAAAAGGAUGUAGAUAUUGAUACUGUGAAAAGAUUAGUACAUGAAAGCAAAGAAAGUGGGCUAAAAAAUGGAUUAAAAAAUGAAGGAAAAAAUUAUAACACAAAUGUGGUUAUACGUGGACGAAGAAGAAAUAAACCAAACAAAUUGGAAUAUAAAAUUGAAAACCCCACCAAAAUAGAUAAUUUAAAUAAUUAUUAUGAUAAACCGCCAAAAGAUUUAGAAUACCUUAUAAAAAAAAGUGAAUUAUUUUGUAUAUUUAAAUCGAAUUUUAUAAAUGAACAUAAAGUAAUAAUAGGUGAUAUUGUUCAAACCGAAAAGUUACAUCGAAAAAAAGCUGGGGAUGUUGUUUAUUUUGGAACAGUUCUUUUUAUAGGAUCUAAAGAUUUUUCUAUUAUUGGAAAACCUACUAUUCCAUAUUGCAAAGUUAAAGCAACAAUAGAGCAAGUAACAUUAAGUAAAGAAAUCUUAAGUUUUAGAUAUAAAAAAGUAAGGCGAUCAAGCCGUUUUUUAAGAGUAAAACAUUGGGUAACUAUAUUAAAAAUAGAUGAUAUAAUAAUAGAUUUAAAACAUGAAAUAAAUGAUGAAAGAAAAAAACCAUUACAAAUACUCGAUUUAUGGGCAAAUAGAUGGUUAUAUCAAAAGGAAUUAAAUUUUAUUAAAUUUGAUAAAAAUAAUAAACCUUUAGCAGAAAAAAUAUAUGAUUUAAUAGAACAUCAACCAAAUACUUUACACAGAAGAGGUUUGAAUAAUUGUUACAGAUUUCAUCCUGAUCCUUACCUUCCACUUUCAUAUUAA